AAUAAGUGAACAGGGCGUUUGUGGUAGAAGCAUAAGAAAAGAAUUAGCUCAAGGGCUGUGUCUCUCCAAAACAAAAACCCAAAAACCCUGGCCAGCGGUUUCUCUCUAAGUCUAAACAUAAUAAUCACGCUUAAUCACUCAUUCAAUCGGAGAUUGGAGUGCUAGUUGAUGCUAAGUGGACAUGGAAUGAGUACCCGGUUAACAAGUUUGAAUGCAGCAAAAAGUUCAGUGUCAGUAUUCUCGGCUGUUUUAAGACGGCAACAGUUCUUGAUAAGAUCAUUAGGAGGUAGCCCUGACCAAAAUUGCUCUGUGAAAAUGAGCGUGAUGGAGGCCGAUGCUAUGAAAAUUAUCAGAAGGAUCACUCCUACCCUUGACUUAUCAAGAUAUAAAGGACAGGCUGGGAAAAUAGCUGUUGUUGGGGGUUGUCGUGAAUACACUGGUGCUCCUUACUUCGCAGCAAUCUCAGCCUUAAAAAUUGGUGCUGAUUUGUCACAUGUUUUUUGCACUAAAGAUGCAGCUCCAAUCAUAAAAUGCUACAGUCCUGAGCUGAUUGUGCACCCGGUAUUGGAAGAGUCAUAUAAUGUCAAGGACGAGGACAAAGGAAUUAUUGCAAAUAAGGUUCUUUCUGAAGUUAAGAAGUGGAUGGAGCGAUUUGACUGUCUUGUUAUUGGCCCAGGCCUUGGGAGGGAUCCAUUUCUUCUGGAUUGUGUGAGUGAAAUUAUAAAACAUGCUCGCCAGUUGAAUGUCCCACUUGUUAUAGAUGGGGAUGGACUAUUUCUUGUAACCAAUUCUCUUGAUCUGGUUAGCGGUUAUCCUUUUGCUGUGCUUACACCCAAUGUAAAUGAGUACAAGCGCCUUGUGCAGAAAGUGCUCAAUUGUGAAGUAAAUGAAGAAGAAUCUUCAGCUGAGCUACUGUCUCUUGUUAAAGGGAUUGGAGGUGUAACAGUUCUGAGGAAAGGGAACUCUGAUCUCAUUUGUGAUGGUGAUGCAGUCUGUUCAGUGAGCAUAUUUGGUUCUCCUAGGCGUUGUGGUGGUCAGGGUGAUAUACUCUCUGGGAGUGUCGCUGUAUACUUAUCGUGGGCUCGACAAUGCAUAAAACUAGCUGAAGGAGAUCUGGGAAUAGGGACAAUGAACCCAGCCUUGAUAGGAUGUGUAGCUGGCUCUGCUUUACUGAGGAAAGCGGCAUCCAUAGCAUUUCAGAAUAAAAAGCGGGCAACUCUUACGAGCGAUAUAAUUGAGUUUUUGGGGAUGAGUUUAGAAGAUAUCUGUCCGAUCUAGUAAUUCUGCAACUUGUUUGAUGUUGGUGCUGCCAGGUUUCAUGACACUUUACAAGAACAUAAUGAUGUGAGAAGUACAUUGUUGCUUACUUUUCUUCCCGUUUCCCGUAGAUUGUUAAAAUACAGUUGCUAGGUGGUUGCUAUGUGGAUAGUCUUAAAGUUGAGGUCGUGCGUGUUAGAUCUCUGGUGUACGGCAAGCUCAAUGUACUAUGUAAUAAAUUUGUCGGGCUCAGACUGUGGUCAAAUAUCUAGAAUGGUGCUUACAUAGUUACAUGCUAAAAUAAGGUCAUGGGGCUUCAUAAGGAAAGCGUAGACAUAACAUUUGUUACCCCGAACUGGCUUCAAGGUUAGUAUAAUACGAUCAACAGCAGUUCUGUAUCCAUUCGCAGCAAAGGUGCAUUAAUAUCUUGAAAUAGCGCUUCAAAGCAACUUUGCUUAACAAAUUUACUCCAUUUUUCAAACAAUACUCCAGCUAAAUGUAUUCUUAGGCAAAGCGGUGUAACAACUAAAUCAAUAUGACCAAUAUCGAAGAGGGAUGGCUUAAGUGGUUAAAGCUUCUCUUCCGGUGCCAGGUGAUUCUGGAAUCGAUUUUCAUCACUCGCCUUUGCGGCUCUCUAAACACCAAAAAAAAAAAAAAAAAAAAA